AUGGCAGCUCCAAGCGCAUUUGGAGAGCUGGGCCUCUCCAUCAUCGGCCUCGGCGCUGAGUACCCACCUCAUUCACUCGACUACACUUGCCUCAACAUCCUGGGUGAGAGGUUCUAUCCCGACACACCUGCUAUGAAAAAGGUUCUGGGCAUCAACAGAUACACCGGAAUCGAUACACGAUCGUCCAUUGGAACACCCGGACACCCGUCCGUCAACAAGAAAGAUGCACCCUCAAUAGCGGAGCUCCACAGCAUAUUCCAGUCUGAUGGUAUCCCACUCGCUAUUCGAGCCGCUCGCAAGGCAAUCGAUGAGGCCAAGAUCGACACACGAUUCAUCACACACAUAGUCGCCACAACAUGUACAGACAGCGCAAACCCGGGCUUCGACCACUUUGUCGCAAAAGGCUUGGGCAUAACGCAUGGUGUCGAGAAGGUCCUGCUACAUGGUGUAGGUUGCAGUGGUGGACUGGCAACUCUACGAACAGGUGCGAACCUGGCCCUUGGACAUAAAGCCCGGGGUCUUCCUGCGCGCGUUCUAUGUGUAGCACUAGAGGUCAGCACCACUAUGGUGCGCAGUGAACUAGACAGCAUCAACGAGCUGCAACAAACAAGAAUAGGCGCUUGCCUAUUUUCAGAUUGUGGUAGCGCGGCCGUAUUGAGCAACGGUAUUGGUGAACCAUCUGAACCUGUGUAUGAUCUGCUCGGCUGGGACCACAGGACCAUCCCAGAUACUGAGGAUGACCUGGGCUUUGACGUUGACCCAGCCGGAUGGAAAGUCAUACUCACACCCCGAGUUCCCAAGCUCACUGCUGCCUCGAUUGGUCCCGCAUUCAACGACCUGAAAAAAUCUCUACCACAACUGCCCCUGGAUUACCAAAAUGCAGCCGACUUCGACUGGGCAAUGCACCCUGGUGGUGCUACCAUCCUUUCCGGCGCCGAGAGAGUUAUGGAUAUCACUCCAGAGCAUAUGCGCGCGAGUUACGACACUUACAUCAACCACGGCAAUUCGAGUUCCGCCACCAUCUUUAGUGUUAUGAAUCGCCUGCGUUCGAAAGAAAUGGAUGCCAUGGCACCUGACGGACGAGUGCGCGACUACGUUGUUGGAUGUGCUUUCGGACCUGGUAUAACAGUCGAGAUGUGUAUGUUGAAGCGCAACAUGGCUCACGGCACCAAAGUCACCGGGCUGCAAACUCCACCAGAUACACCGGCCGAAACAGAGACCGAGCCGAGCGAAGUUGGAGACGGCGAGUGGGGCUCUGAAACGAUCGGAUCUCCGGCCGGGGAGAAUUCAUUGUCUCAGUCACAAGACCAGUAUGCGAUGUUUGUUACCGAGUCAUUGGAACAUCUAGAUCUAGAUUAG